AUGGAAAUGAAAGACCCUUCAGAUUUGAGUCCAUCUCUGCUCUCAUCGUCCAAGAAUGUGUCCAGAGAUGCCACCAUCAUCAUGGCACCACCAACAGACCUGCAAGACCCAGUCAUAGAGUCAGAACUGUGGCCAGACACCAUGUCUGCCUCAAAGAGCAGAAAGCCUUCCACACCCUCCCCGACAACCUCUGUCUGUCCUAAAGCAGAGGAUGUUGAGUGUCUAACAUCUUUGGGCUCAGGGGAGAGAGCCAGAGUCUCUGCGAAUAAGUGCCGUGUUUGUAGGAAAGAAUUUAAAACAACCAGUGCACUUAAAACACACCUCUUGAUCCACAGACAGGAUGGGCCUCAUUUCUGUAGCGUCUGUCAAAGAGCAUUUAAACACCAGCAUCAGCUCACUUCUCACCUGAUGACCCAGCACAAGAGAAAGCGCUAUAACUGCACUCAGUCUGGCUGCCACAAAGCAUACGAUAACAAAAAGUCCCUAAAACAUCACUGUGCCUCUCGACACGGAGUCCAGCUCACGUCUCCUUCCUCCUCCAGCCUCUCUUUCGACUACGACGUGCCGGCCUCAGCGUGGGAUCCAAUGGUUAAUCUAGCUGCGCCCGACUACCUCUUUACCUCUCAACCGAAGCCUGUCUUGGCGCCUGUGUUAAAGAAUGCCAGGUAUUCUGGAAAACUCUUCCGUUCUUAUGACACAGGAGAUUUUGGGAUGGAACGCAAUGCAGAAGAUGCGCAUCCCUCUCGGGUUAAACAUUCAGCAUGUCAAAAAAGCUGGACUUUACCGUCUGCUAGUGAGUCUUAUAAGGUUGAAGAAAGCAAUAAGGUGCUAAACUCAACCCAGUGGACUCAAAGAAAAUCCAUCAAAGAAAAUCCAGUGCUUUCACAACACUCAUUUGAUGUCCGUGGUCUUGAUUUUCCUGAAUCUUACCCAGAAGAACCGAAAGAGAUGCAGUCAUUUCAUCCUAACAGAGAGGCAUCUACCAGCAGCGUGGGUUGCCCUUUGACUACAAGAGCUUCAGUUAGCUCCAAACAGCAUUGUCCCAUACUGCUGAAAAACUAUCUGAAGGAGCCCAGACCUCCGAGCAAGUUAAAGCAACGGCGCAUCUUUUCCAGUUUGAGUUAUCCUGCUGUAUUAUUCCCUAAAACAAAAAGCGAGUUUGACUGUAACCUUGAUCAUGUACCUGAUUCUCCUCCUGCAACAUUCCCCAACGAUAGGAAGAGGAAGUCCUGCUCUAAGGCCGUCCUGUCUGAUGUUCCAGCUCCCCCGCUGCCUGUUCCUCAGCCCUCUUGUCAUAAACGUUCACGACCACGCUCUUCCUACCUCGUCUCACCAAGCCAAGUGGCGCUUGCAUCCUUCAGCACUUACCUUGGCAAACAGUUUUUACAAAAGGACCCUGUUUUGAAAUCAACAGGAGAGGAAACAAACUCUGGUUGCAGAACAUAUAAAGGAACUUCACCUGUUUGCAGAGCUCAGUCACAGCCCUCAAGUUCUCAAGAAGCUGUUGGAGCAAAGGAGGAACAUGAUUCACAAGCAUCCAACUCAACACUGGAUGAUGGACAGAAGGGGGCUUCAUGGACAAACCUUUCCCCAUUGAUCAUGCCUGUGUCCGUCCCAGUCUCUACCACAAAUGUUUUAGGCCCCCAAGCUCACACACAACAAGCCAAGAAGUCACAGACUCAUAAAGGUGCAUCUAAGAAGUGUCGUCAUCAUGACCCUUUAAACCGCCUUAUCAUCCCCAGUCCACCUCUGCCUUGUCUAUCUUCCCCACAUUGCACCGAUAAUAAGGAUUUGCAGAGAAGCAGUGUCAUAGGAAUUUACCCCAGCCAGCUGCGCUCACCAAACUAUCUGGCAGAGCACCCACUGAGCCCUAGCUUUCACCCCCCACCAUACACCCCUCAGCCUAUGCUGAGCCCUCUCCGUUCUGGGACAGGUCUCUAUUCUAAAAGCCUCCCACUAAAUCAGCCAUGCUCAUCUCUACCCAGCAUAUUUGAUGGUGUCUCCUUUCCAGUUAACAACACAGCCAUCAACAUACAGCCGAGGAUAAACAUAGGUUCACCAUUUCAGGCAGAGAUCCCUCCAGUGCAGGACACGCUGUACAUGCUGUAUGAAGAACACCCCGCUCAACUCCUUUGGACUCCUUGGAAAGAUCUCUCUACUAACACAGAAACACAACAGAGGGUCAAAGAGCUUGUAGAUAUGUGCUGUUCCAGUGUGCUACCAGCAGGAGGCACCAAUAUUGAAUUCGCUCUCCACUGCCUUCAUGAAGUUCAAGGAAACAUAAUGGCAGCACUGGACUUACUCUUAAUGAGGGGAGAUUUCCGAAGCUCCUGGCACCCUCUGAAUGAUUACCACUACACAGGGUCAGACCACUGGUCAGCACAAGAGAUGAGAGUGUUUAAGAAAGCUCUGGUUGAACAUGACAAAGACUUUCAACAGAUUCAUCAUGUGUUGCAGACAAAAUCAAUAUCCCAGUGUGUGGAAUAUUACUAUAACAUGAAGAAGCUAAAGAAGUUCAAGCAAUGUGCCCGAGCUACAAAUAAAAAGGAUGAAAGUGGAGAGGUAUCUGUAAGUUUUGUUUCAGUGCAUGGACACAAGAUCACACAAGAUGGUUAUUAUAUCUGAAUGUAGAUCAUCUAAAUCACUACUGACUGAAUUUGUCAUGGCAUUUUCCUAAAGGCAUUCAAAUAGUCUGAACAGAUAAAUGGGAACAUAGGGCUGAAGACAACUGCUGCUCAGAGUGAAGUGUGUGCCAGGUUACACUAUAUCCUAUGUUAAAUUAAUUUUAAAAAUAAUUCAUUUAUGGCUAUUUUUAAUAGUAAUAUGUAUUUUUAGUGCAUGCUAUGGGAUUUUUGUUCCUUGAAAAAACAUUUGCAAAUUUAAAAAUUCCAAAUUAAAAAUCAUUUUACCUUUAAAUGCAGAGGUAUGAAGAAGCCCUGUUCCCCCUCAGUGAGGAGAGAAGCUCCAGAUGGUGGUAGGCAAGCAAGGACCCAGGCCAGAGAAGAAGACUAAAGUGAACUGAAUUCCAAUCAGUAUUUCAUUUCUUUAAAUUCAUUGCAAGUGAUUAACAUUGGCCUUAAAAUUAACCCUUUUUUCUCAAAAUAAAGUUCUCAUAAAAAGAA